AUGAGCUCCAAUCAAGCGCCUGCGGAUGCGCCGGGUCUCGCCGAUGGCCUUCAGCCAUCGUACACCUAUGUACCAAAUCAAGGGUACAUUCAACCUGAGCAAAGCGCCCCAGCCGUCGCGGGGCAGGAAUCCGCCGAACAAGAAGAGCCUCAGCAGGACGAGGACGAUGAAUAUUAUGACGAUAUCUUCGAGGAAGAAGAGCUCGACCAAGAAGAUUUUCAAUCUUCUGACCCAUCUGAUCUGACAAAGGCCUACAAUCGUCAGCGGAAACUGAACGACCUUGCUGCCGACCCGAAUGCGCCGAAGUGGACUUAUCCCAAGAUGAACACUCAGAAGCCUACCGUGAACACAUACGCUUCAGUCGACGACCAGGUGAAAUCUCUCACUCGACAUGCCGCCAAGAUCAAACUUGACGACCAACAAGCCGGUCUGUCCGGUGGAAGUGGACGAGGUGGAGAUCGUGCGGACCGCGCGACGUCGGAGCAAGUGCUGGAUCCACGCACUCGAAUGAUUCUUCUGCAAAUGAUCAACCGCGGGCUCGUCUCUGAGAUUCAUGGCUGCUUAUCCACCGGAAAGGAGGCCAAUGUAUACCAUGCCAUGUCAUUAUCAGACGAUGAUCCUGACGCUGCCCCCGAGCAUCGCGCAAUCAAGGUCUACAAGACCAGCAUUCUAGUCUUCAAGGACCGCGACAAGUACGUGACAGGUGAAUUCCGAUUCAGACAAGGAUACAACAAGAGCAACAACCGUGCCAUGGUCAAGCUGUGGGCCGAGAAGGAAAUGCGCAACCUGCGAAGAAUUCACUCUGCUGGCAUUCCGUGCCCAGAGCCCAUUUUCCUACGUCUCCACGUCCUUGUCAUGGGCUUCCUCGGUAGCUCAAAAGGUCUCCCUGCGCCUCGCCUGAAGGACGUUGAAUUCGACAUCGCAGAGCCUGAAACACGCUGGCGAUCAUUAUACUUGGAAUUGCUGAGCUACAUGCGCGUGAUGUACCAAACUUGUCGUCUGGUCCACGCCGAUCUCAGCGAGUAUAAUAUUCUGUACCACAAGCAAAAGCUUUACAUCAUUGAUGUCAGUCAAAGUGUAGAGCACGACCACCCACGCAGUCUGGAGUUCCUUCGCAUGGAUAUCAAGAACGUGAGCGAUUUCUUCCGUCGAAAGGGAGUGGACACAUUGCCGGAACGCACCAUCUUCCAAUUCAUUAUCUCGCCCGAAGGCCCCGCAGAUGUCACCCAGGGGAAUGAAGCGAUCUUCGAGGAAAUCGAAAAACUGUAUACCGCUCGUGCUGAAGGUGGUAACCAGGAGGAUGAGGAGGUUGAUACUGCCGUCUUCCGGCAGCAAUACAUCCCGCAGACUCUCGAACAAGUCUAUGACGUCGAGCGUGACGCCGAAAAGAUUCGGGACGGAUCGGGCGCGGACCUUGUGUACGGUGACCUGCUUGCUACGAGCAAGUCUAAGCCUACGGAGGCUGAAGACGAGGAGGACUCUGAUGCGUCCGGUGGAGUGUCUGUAUCAGGAUCUGAUUCUGGUGACGAAGAUGGAGAUGGCGCCGAGCGUGACCCUUUCGCAAAAAAGCCCCCACGUGGUAAGCGAUUUGAAGACAAGGAAUCCAAGCGUGAGCACAAGGCCAAGGUCAAGGAGGAAAAGCGCGAGCAGCGAGCACACAAAAUGCCUAAACAUCUUAAGAAGCGUUUGGUGUCGACUUCUGCGCGCAAGAAGAAAUGA